AUGCGCUGCCUCAGUUGCUUAACGGCGUUGCUGCCACUGACCCUUCCCCAUCUCACUUACGCCAGCUUCUACGACAACCCUGAAGUUCCUCCCAUCCCAGAGAGCGGUACUCCUCUCGAUGUGCUCAAAGCACGCUGGGAUGCUGACUGGGCGUUCAGUGGGCUUGGGUCUUUUGCUCAUCUUAACGUGACGAAGUGUCUCGUUGACCCCACCCGUCAGUUCGACAUUGGCAUCAUUGGUGCGCCGUUUGACACCGCCGUGUCAUACCGACCAGGUGCACGCUUCGGUCCACGCUCCAUCCGCCACGCCUCCGCCCGCCAAACACCUUACCGCUCCUUCAACCACCGUGCGGGCGUCAACCCCUACGUCAACUGGGCUUCUGUGAUCGACUGCGGGGACAUCCCCGUCACCCCCUUUGACAACGCCCUCGCCCUCCACCAAAUGACGUCCGCCUACACAGAACUCCUCUCCCGCCGCGCCCUCUCCGCCGGCACCCCACGCUCACACACGCACCCCAAGCUCAUCAGCCUGGGCGGCGACCACAGCAUCGCACUCGCCUCCCUCCGCGCCCUCGCCAAAGUCCACGGCCCCGUCGCCGUCCUCCACUUCGACGCCCACCUCGACACCUGGCACCCAGGCGCCUACCCCAACACCUGGAGCACCAACCCCGGCUCGCAAACCGACUUUACGCACGGCACCAUGUUCUGGCUGGCCUCGCAAGAAGGCCUGAUCCAGAACAGCAGCUCCGUGCACGCCGGUCUGCGCACCCGCCUCGGCGGCCACGACUACAGCGACUACGACGUCGACACGGCCGUGGGCUUCUUCCGCAUCGAAGCCGACGACAUCGACGCCCUGAAGCCCGAGGGCAUCGCGGAGCUCAUCAUGCAGCGCAUCGGCCGCGACGUCCCCUGCUAUGUGUCCGUCGACAUCGACGUGCUGGACCCGGGCCUCGCGCCCGGAACGGGCACCCCCGAACCCGGCGGCUGGACCACGCGCGAACUCAUUCGCAUUCUGCGCGGCAUCGAGGACUUGAAUGUCGUGGGCGCGGAUGUCGUCGAGGUGGCCCCCAGCUAUGAUGGGAGGGGCGAGGAGACGAGUCUGGCGGCCGCACAGGUCGUGUAUGAGAUCGUGACGAGUAUCGUCAAGAGGGGGUUGAGGGAAAGGGGCGAGUGGGAGGACACGGUCAAGAGCACGCCGGGCCGCGAGUGGUUGAAGAAAAAGAGGGAGGGUGGGGAGAGCGUCAAGGAGACGGUGGGGGAGUGGGUGGAGGAGGUGAAGCAGAAGGUGGUGGGUGAGGAGGGAAAGGAUGAGUUGUGA